AUGAGCGGUAGUUCGACACAUCCAGCCGAGAAUGCAGAGCUGCCUGUUCAAGAAUCUUCUCUUCCAACAAUUCAGGCUGCUGACCUUACGACUAUACAAGUCUUAACAGAGGAAGCUACCAAAGAUUUUAUUUUACAAGAUUAUGAAAGUGCGGUUACCAAGUUUUCAGAUGCUUCUGAAAUAAUUGGCCAUUGUUACGGUGUCGAUUCAGAAGAGUAUGCUGAAGCCCUAUACAAAUAUGGUAAUGCACUACUUGAAAACUCUCGAACUCAAAAUGCUGUUCUUGGACAUCAAGCAAUUCCACAAACUUCCUCAACAGACGUUCCAAUUGAUGAUCUUCAGGCCAAUACUUCGCGCUUCCAUUUUGAAGGAGAUGAUGAAAGUGAUGGUGGUCAAACCGAAAACGAUGGCAAUGUCGAUUUACAGGCUGAGGAAGCUAGUGCAUCUGAAGUAUUAGAGGAACAAGGAGACGAUCUCAGUCUUGCUUGGGAAAUAUUAGAAUAUUCUCGUGAUAUAUUUUCUCACAUUAAAACAGAAUCAGCAAAGAAGUCUCUUGGAGAAGUCUAUAUUAAAUUGGGCGAUGUUUCUCUUGAAAAUGAAAAAUUCGAUCAAGCAGCAGUUGAUUAUAGAGAAGGUACCUUAACUCUUUAUAAUACUCAUUGGAGAUUAUCCUUGGCACUUGAAUUGAUUCCGGACAGAUCCAAUCAAGAUGAGGCCAUCGUACAUGUACAAAAGGCCAUAGAAGUAUUGAAUAAACGUAAAGAAAUCCUGCAGGCACAACUGAAUGACUAUCAGGAAACGUGUGGCAAAGGAAAAAAAAUAGCUACAGCCGACGAUGAUACUACAUUGAUUGAUAAAGAAAUAAAGGAUAUUGAUGAAUUCCUUGUGGAAAUGGAAUCCAAGAUCGCGGAUAUUCAGGCGGCAAAACUUUCUCAAGAACAAACAAUACAGAAACCCAGUGAUAUUGCGCUUGAGGAAUAUGUGAAACUGCUUUCUUCAUGCGAAUCAUCAUCUGAAGCGAUAGAGACAUCAUCAACAACUCCUGUGAACGAUUUGACAUCACUUAUUAAAAGAAAGACGACUAAUAAUAAUAAUGCGACUGAUGCUUCCAAAAAUAAUACAACGUCUGAGGCACCGAUACAAGAAGAAAAGAAACGAAGAGCAGAAAUAAAGACUGAUAUGGAUGAAAAUGAAGAAAAUGAAUUGAAUCCGAACAAGAAA